GGGUCAUCUAGAUGCAGAUUUCAACCCUUCCACUCAUAUGCCUUAUCUAAUCAGUAAGCUUUUAAGAUCGUGAAACUUUGCCACAUUGCCCUUUUAGCAACACAGCUGCAGCAGCGGGACCGUCCCCUGCCACGUCUCUGGCCUCACUGUAGAUCAGGAUUUAAGGAGAUCAUGGACGUUUCAAGUCCCAGGACUGAAGCUUCAUCAAUGGACCCUAGUUCCAAGCUUUUCUGCUGCAGAUCCGUGAGGCGUUGCAUCCCUCUGGUAUAUAGACAGGAGCUCUACCACAUCCUAUGCAUGACUGGACCCCUGGUUGCAUCGCACAUUCUGAAUUAUCUCCUGCCAUUUGUCAUAACAAUGUUUUGCGGUCGCCUGGGAAACAGUGUGCUGGCUGGUUAUGGAAUGGCCUCAGCUACGAUAAACAUAACUGCAGCUACAGGUGGAGGUCUUGCAUUGGCGGCUGACACCCUUAUCUCUCAGACCUUCGGUGGGAAGAACCUGCACCGUGUUGGCAUCAUUUUGCAGAGGAGUGUCCUGAUCCUCCUGAUCUUCUGUUUGCCCUGUUGGGGUCUACUCAUCAACACCCAGCCCCUCCUCCUGCUGCUGGGUCAAGAUCCAGAGGUGGCCAGGAUAGCUCAACUCUACGUGGUUUUUUACCUGCCAGCAGUUCCAGCUAUGUUUUUGCAUCAGCUGCAAGUAGCCUAUCUCCAGAACCAGGGAGUGAUUCUGCCUCAGAUGUAUGCAGCCAUUGCAGCCAACAUUGCAAAUGUGGUGACAAACUACAUCCUUCUGAACUGGUUGGACCUUGGAUUAUAUGGAUCUGCUGCUGCCAAUACCAUAUCUCAGGUCUAUAUUUGUGUUUUCCUCUAUUUAUAUAUUCGCUGGAAGAAGCUCCAUGUUGAAACAUGGGGAGGCUGGUCAUGUGACUCACUGCAGGAGUGGAAUGGAUAUAUGAAACUGGCCAUCCCCAGUACCAUGAUGCUCUGCUUUGAUUGGUGGAUUUAUGAGAUUGGAGGAUUCUUAGCAGGCAUGCUAGGAGAGUUGGAUCUGGCAGCUCAACAUGCAGUCAAUAUGCUGGCUGUUAUAGGCUACAUGUUUCCAUUAGGGAUUCAAGGUGCAGCGUGUGUACGUGUGGGUAAUGCACUCGGAGCAGGAGAUACGGCCGGAGCGAUCCGCACCAGCAAGGUGUCCCUCACCUGCGCAGCUGCCGUGGCUGUUUUGCAAGGUCUUGUGCUUGCAUCAACAAAAACUGUGAUUGGUUUCUUAUUUACAUCAGAUGGGCAUAUUGUGGCGCUCGUCUCCAAACUCUUGAACGUCUAUUGUGUGGUUCAGUUAUUUGAUGGUCUUGUUUGUGUCAGCAUGGGUAUUCUGUUGGGUUCAGGGCAGCAGAAGAUUGCAGCUGUCAUUAAUUUCUUUGGGUAUUACUGUAUUGGACUUCCAACGGGCACCUCGCUCAUGUUUGCUGCGAAAUUAGACGUUGUUGGCUUUUGGCUGGGACUUCUCAUUUGUACAUGUGUGCAGUCCAGUUUUUUCAUUGCAGUCAUUUUUAAGCUCAACUGGGAGCGAGUGACCAAAGAGGCAGUGGAAAGAGCUGGAAAGCGUAAAACCCCAGCAAUGUCAACUCUGGAUAGUCUCACAGCGAGGCACAUAGAGAAUGGGGAUGAGUACAUGAGCGUGAACUCGAAUGAUCAGAACGAGGAGCCAGACGUGGAGGAAAAGCCCUCAGUUCUGCUCUCUACCGCUCAGCUGAUCCUCAGGAGGGGUCUGACCACCCUCGCUGCUCUUCUCAUCCUAGCUGUAGGAAUAACUGUCCAUCUCACUGUACCUUUACCUGAGGUAUCUGUCAGAGCAAAUACUACUUUGGACUCAAACUUUACUACGCCUUCAUCUCUCAUCCAUUCAACUUCAGUCUCAAUCUGAAAACCAGAACUGUAGCUGUUCGUACAUACAGUAUAUCCCAGGUAUUUUCUGUUUAGCCAUUUUCUAGAAAGUUAUGGUUUCCAAAACACAUUUAAUCAUUUCUGAAGCAUUACAUACAAACAGAAAUGCAAAUAUAUUUGGUUUUAAGAAUAUUUUGUUUUGUUGGAAAACAAGACAAAACACUGAUUAAGAAAGUGAUAUUUUAAAAUGUUUUAUUUGAAAACCUACAGACUUUUUUUUUUACUUUUGAAAAUGUACUUUCGUUUUGUUUUGUUUUUUUCAAAUUUUAUAUUUCAUUUGCAAUUUUUAAAUUCCCAGCUGGCAGCAGCAGUCUACUGAUGUUUUGGACUCUUAUGCUUGAUUGAAAUUGUUUGAGAACAACAAUGAUAGCAUAAUCUAUCACAUCUUCACCUUUUCCCCAGGGAUUCAUGGGGCAGAAAGUCAUUUUUACGGUCACCUUGAAUGAAACAGUCCCAUCUGCUGACCAUGUUCUGUAGUAAUGAGAAAGAAAAAUGCCACAAUCCUUAUAAAAUAUCAGGGAUUUGUACCCUUUUCCUAUUUUACUCAUGUCCUCUGAUGCAUUAAGCCUUUUAUGUUAGGAUUUUUAGUUAGAAAUUGUUAGAGUUUUCAAUAAUGAGCAGUCUCUGAAUCAUGUUUGAUAUAAUCAGGCAUUCCUGAUUUGAUUUGUUUUGAUAAAAAAAAAAACUGAUUAAAGGUGAAAAUGAUAAAACGGAUGUUCUGAUAUUCAUUCAUCCUUAGCACACAUCCUUAAUAUUUUAAACAUAAAUUCAAAAAUAAUAAAAGGAGACAUAUUGGUGUAUGCACAAUAUUUAUUUGGAAAAUGAUCGAAAAGUUUUAAUUAAAAUGACUAAAAUAACAUACAUGUACAGUAUAAUUUGUUACUCAUCACACAUUUGCAAUAUUAAAGUUCACGAGUCCAGCUGUAGGAAAUCAGAGCAGCUGUUUUCUCUAUUUUUUCUUAUUCUUUUUCUUGAAAUCUUGCCAGAACUUUCAGCUUUGUGAACAUCACACUGGUUCAAAGGUUUGUGUGAGUCACUGAGGAGGAAGGGAGAAAUGUGUUAAUGUUUGCCUUUCUCCCUAAAAAAGUAAUCAUUUUUAUGAAAUCAUAUCUACUGUAUAUGAUGGUACAUUAGUGUAGGUAUUAGUCACACUUGAAAUUGAUUCUUGGAACCUGAUUGAUGAUUCACUGAUUUGUUUGUAAAUGUUCUUGGCUGUGAGAUGUACUAUAUGAAGAAACAAACCAAAAUAGAUCUACAAUUACAGUGACAUUACCAGCAAACGACAAUCGAAAGCCUGUUGUAAUGAUAAACAAAUCUUGGCUUUUAAAUGUUAAAGUCAUAUUUGUGGCUCUAGCUUGAAAGAGCAGCUAGAUGAAUAAUUUCAUAUGGGUUAAUGGAGGGGGACGUGGAAAAGAGGAAAGAUAACAUGUAAAUGGCAUGCAUAAGGCAAAAAUAUUUGUCAUUGUAAUCUGAAGGUCAUUGAAAGUGAAGAGACCAAAGGCCAUGUGGAGUAUAAAAACCUGAGAACGAGAUGAUUUAGUAGCAUAAGUUUUAUGCAAAGUGUAUAUAUAAGCUUUUACACACUUUGUUGUUUAAUGUUUUUAAAGAAAGACAUCUCUUAUGCUCACCAAGGCAAUCAAAAAUACAGUAAAAACAGCAAUAUUGUUAUUAAAAUAUUAAAAUGUUUUCUUUUUAAAUAUAUUUUUAAAUGUAAUUUAUUCCUGAGUUGGCAAUGCUGUAUUCUCAGCAGGAUUACUCUUUAGUGUCACAUGAUCCUUCAGAAAUCAUUAUAAUAUGCUGAUUUUCUGCACAAGAAUAAUUUCUUAUCAUAAAUGUUGAAAGCAGCUUUAUUAUUGCUUAAUAUGUUUCAUUUUGCUCAGUGUGCACCGCUUAAUAUUUUUGUAUAAGCCAUUAUUUCAGGACUGUUUUAUGAAAUAAGAACUUCAAAAGAUCAGCAUUUAUUUCAAAUGUUUUUGUAACAAUGUAAAAUGUCUUUAAUGUCACUU